CUUGUCCCAUGCGAUAGAGGAUGCUCAGCAGUCCACAGGCGGGGGAAUUGGCGAGAGGAAGCAUUCGUGUAGGGAUAUGAUCAUUGUAGAGGUUGCUGCUGAAGCAGGUCCAGCUCAAGAGUGUACCGUAUACCACAACACACUUCACAGACCGUGUCCGGAUCUUUCGUUAUUGAGGCCAUCUUCUUUCCUACGGGAGCUCUACCAUGCUGCAGAAGAAGUUGGGAGAACCAAGGCGAUGCUUAAACAGAACUUCAAUACCCGAUCGACCAGCCGCAAGAGCUCACACGCAUACUGGAUCAGGGUGAACUAUCCUCAUCGUCUGCCCGAUGAUAGAACUUUUACAGCAGCUAUCACGACAGCCGGAAGACAUGCCCGGUUCAAUAGGGAUCCGCUGAUGACCGCGGAGAGCAUUUAUGAGCGAAAUAAAGACCUGUUUCUUUAUUUCAACAAGCCAAGCGUUCUGAUUAAGGAUGCAAAUCCAACAGACACUCCCGAUCUCCGCUUUGAAUGCGCCGUCGCUCCGAAGGCUGGCUUGUAUGCGGCUAUCAUCUACGGAAGACGCCACGGUCUCUAUAUGGACACGUCCUGGCGACACAAGACCAGAUACAGAAGCCCGGUGACAAUUCUGGCGACGAGGAACGACGCAGGACACAUGGUUCAAGCGGCGAGAGACACUAUCAUUGGACGCCUACGCCCUGUGAAGUAUCUUCUCAUCGAUGAAGUGUCGGUAGUCGGAGUGGACACACUGUUCAAGAUUCACAAAACUCUGCAGGGUGUUACAGGGGACGACCAGAGCGAUUUCGGUGGCCUCAACAUCAUCUUUGCUGGGGAUGCCGCCCAACUUCCUGCUGUGCGCCAAACGCCUUUGCAUGCACGCAUCCCCGCCCCUGCUGUCCCUGCCCCUGCCGCAGAUGUUCCCGCUCCGCCGCCCCCGCCGCCUCCACGACAUCGAUCGCACCGCGCGGCUGCUCGCACCCCGCCCCCCCGUUUACGUGCGAUACGAGCCGCCUACGCAGUCGGAUGA